AGUGUCUGAGGAGGUACGGACUGCUCCCGAUCUUCUCCGUUACUCGCUCUUUCAUUCUUUGGACUAUAAAUGACCGAGGAACUGAAGUGCUAGCAGAGGGUAAUGUUUGGAAACACUUUCUAGUUAUUCAUCAGCACAAGCUCUGUUUUUUUUCCACCUUUCCCCAACGGUUUUGGACAUGCAAGGAUUAAAAAGGAUACUGACUGCUUUCACACUGACCAUCUGCCUUUCGAGUCCUGGAAAAGCACAGCAACAAUGCACUAAUGGGUUUGACCUGGACCGUGCCUCUGGGCAAUGCUUAGAUAUUGAUGAAUGUCGGACUAUUCCUGAGGCCUGUAGAGGAGACAUGGUGUGUGUCAAUCAGAAUGGUGGCUAUUUAUGUGUACCACGGACAAACCCAGUGUAUCGAUCACCAUAUCUGAAUCCUUAUUCAAAUAUUUAUCCACCACCCCCAGCGCCAGGCCCUGUUCCCAACUACCCUACUGUUACAAGACCUCUGAUUUGUCGAUUUGGUUACCAGUUGGAUGAAAACAAUCAGUGUGCUGAUAUUGAUGAAUGUGCUUCCGAUUCUCACCAGUGUAACCCCACCCAAAUCUGCAUCAAUACUGAGGGGGGAUAUACCUGUUCCUGCACUGAAGGCUACUGGCUGCUAGAAGGCCAGUGUUUAGAUAUAGAUGAGUGCCGUUACGGCUACUGCCAGCAGCUGUGUGCCAAUGUGCCUGGUUCCUACUCCUGUACGUGCAACCCAGGCUUUACCCUUAACGAUGAUGGAAGAUCGUGCCAAGAUGUGAAUGAAUGCACGGGAGAAAACCCUUGCUCUCAGACUUGUGUCAAUACCUAUGGCUCUUUUCUCUGCCGCUGUGAACCUGGCUAUGAACUGGAAGCUGACGGAGUUAACUGCAGUGACAUGGAUGAAUGCAGCUUCUCAGAGUUCCUCUGCCAGCACGAAUGUGUGAAUGGGCCUGGUUCUUACUACUGUGUCUGUCCUUCGGGCUAUAACCUGCUUGAUGAUAGCAGAAGCUGCCAAGAUAUCAAUGAAUGUGAAAUUAGAAACUUCACCUGCACUCUACAGCAAACGUGUUUCAAUAUCCCAGGGGAAUAUAAAUGUUUAGACCCAGUAAGAUGCGAGGAGCCUUAUAUCCAGAUUAAUGAGAACCGCUGUAUGUGUCCAGCUGAAAACCCUGGCUGCAGAGAUCAACCAUUCACCAUCCUGUACAGAGUCAUGGAUGUUCUCUCUGGGCGUUCAGUGCCUUCUGACAUCUUUCAGAUGCAAGCAACAACUCGCUAUCCUGGAGCCUAUUACAUCUUCCAAAUCAAAUCAGGGAAUGAGGGCAGGGAAUUCUACAUGCGGCAAACAGGACCGAUCAGUGCUACGCUGGUGAUGACCCGUCCUGUGAAAGGGCCCCGCACUGUUCAGUUGGACUUGGAAAUGAUCACUGUCAACACCGUCAUCAACUUCAGAGGAAGCUCUGUCAUCCGGCUGAGGAUAUUUGUAUCACAGUACUCAUUCUAAACCUUGAGUUGGUGCCCUGUAAACAUUAAAACCAAAGACACGGUGCCUCCUCUGCAGGAAGCCAGUAUGUAUAGCAGCUCAAAACCAAGUCAGUAUUUCCACAGACCCAGCGACCUAUGCCUGUCUGAGGAGGGAGGCCUCUUCAUGCACACCCCUACCAGGGUGCAGACCUCUGAAGGUGUAUCGGCAGCAGAUCCCAUAUGAUUCUCUAUGUGAUCAUAUAUUUUAAGGACUCUUUUUUUCCACUGUAAACAUUUCUAGGGUAUGAGUCUAUGUUUCAAAGACUGUGAACCUUUGUAGCUCCAAGGCUGCUUAGCAAAAAGCACCAAAGAAACUGCAGAAAAAGCUGGCUUUUGCAAUCUUGCAUUUUUUUUUUCAUUAUAAAUGGAAAGCUGACAAACAAGUGAAAACGAAACAAAAAAGCCACCUAUUGAAACAAGGGAUCUCAGAAGUGCUAAUUUACAUUUCCAAUUAACUUUGAAAUUAUCAGUCAAGCACUUUGUUUCAAUUCACUCUGCAUUUGUCUUACUUUCACCUGCUUUUCUUUGAUUCUGCUUUGUACUUAAAAUUCAUUGUAAAUUCAUUCCAAAAUACUUGUUGUACUAUGUAAUCUUCUACUUUCUAACAACAUGUCACAUCUUUGGGUUCCUUCCUGUAUUAAAUCGUUCUGUAUAACAGAGCUCAUAGAAAUCCAUCACUGGAUGGCACGUUUUACACUGAUUAGGGUGUUAUGCUUAGUUACAGCCAGGCUGUUUGACACAGGUCUCCACUGCCAGAACUGUGUCCAGGGACUUCAGAGCAGGUGAGAAUCUGAACUUUUCACUGUUUUUCAGCGUAAUAGUUGCAAACUGUUUGUAAUGGUUGUAAGAUAGCAACACUAACUUUGCAGCUAAAGGCUGCAACUAACCUCUUGUUCAACAACCACUCAGUUCAGAUAUGUCCAAAUUCCUUCAGGAGAAGAAAUAAUAACUAUUCUGUUUGCACAGACUCUCUCCUACAUUCCUAAAAUUAGGGAAAACAAGCUGAAAAGGACUUGGAGUAGUCAUGUCAUUCAUGUCUCUGACACAAAGCAGACCCACCUAUGCCAGUACCCAGACCUCAAAUGACAGGAUCCCACGGUUUCCAUAGGUAAUGUCUUCUCAGGUAUAACUGCUGUAAUCAAUAGAAAGUUUUUCCUAAGGUCUAAUCUGAGUCUCCCCUGUUGUAAUGUAAGUCUAUUGCUUUUUAGCAUACUUCCAGUAGAAAUAGAGAACAGUUUAUCUUCCCCUUUGCAACAGUCUUUAACAUGUCUGAAGACUGUUGUCACGUCUCCCUUCAGACUGUUCCUCUCUAGUCUAAACAAACCCAAUUCUUUUGGUCUUUCCUCAUACAUCACAUUUUCUGGGCCUUUGAUCAUUCCUGUUGCUCUCAUCUGGAUUCUCUCCAGUUGGUUCACAUCUUUCUCAAAGUGCAUUGCCCAAAACUGUGAAAAGUAUUCCAGCUGAGGCCUCACAGUGCUAGACUAAAUAUAUAUAUAUAUAUUUAGGUGUUUGAAAAUAAAAUUAAUUGUAUAGUUUGGAGGUAUUGUGCUCAUGUUGUUAAAGUCACUGGCAGUUCAGUGUUUUAUUUACUAAGGACAAGGCUUCAUAUGCUUUGUUCUACAUUUCUCUGAAGCAAGUACUUGCUUUUUCCCCUUACUUUUUCCUUAUUGUCUUACUUGCUCUCGAGCAUUGCUAGCACAAAACAGAUAACCUUUGCUGAGUCUUUUUGAGGACUGGAAUUGCUUAAUGCUACUUGGGAAAGGGACUUUAUGAGGAUUAUAGCAUGAACAGACUGGAGCAGAGUAGAAGGUCUUCAUUCUUAUACGAGGGGCUUCAUUAAAGUCAAAUAUUAAAUGGGAGAACACAGGCUGAGAAAAGUUAUCACUUUUGCAUGGCACUUUUGCAUCAGCUGACUCUUGCUCUCAAUAAGCUCUACAAGUUAGUCUGGGGUUGUUUCUUCUCUAGGUAUAGAAGUGACUGCUCUUUUUAUUGGUACUUUGCUUGAGAAAGUCCUGAUGCAAUGGCCUACAACAGCUAAAUGCUGAGUUGAGUGUGCUUUAGCAGCUUCCACUUCUUAAUAAAGUUUUCUCAUUGAUGCUGCAACAUGCUAGGCUCCUGUGGCUCAGAGCUCUGCCCGUAGGCUCUCUUUUACUAUAAAAACAGACCAGCUCAAGAUCGACUCCAGGCUUUAGGGGGCUAAAGAGAGGGCAGGAAGCCAAUGAGUUUUGUGAAUAGCCAACUGGAGGGUACAAAUGCAAAGGAAACCCGCAGGGAUAGAGAAAUAUCAGGAACGUGCUUUCUGAGUGUAUUGAGGUUCACUGGAUGCCAGCCUUGAAGGGGAAAAUAGAAAUGGUCAAGAAGGAGGAAUGCUACUUUAUAACCAUGGACUAGUUUAUAACUCACGGGUCCCAGGUUAUGGAAGGCAGACAUAGGAAACAAGGCUCUGGUAGCCCAACACACAGAUAUGGGGCAGGUAGUAUCUUAAAUGAAACUCAGUGUGCUGAGUUUUUCCAGAAUAUAAAAGCCCUUCUUCACCCCUUUUGUGCCUUCAUGUCAUCACUUCUUCAUGCGCAGUGGAGUCCAUACUCCUCCUGCUGUCACAUCACCUCCUGGAGAGGAAGUGCAUCUGUUAGAUACCAGACAGUUCUCACUUUUGGGCUGUUCUCCAAUGGUCCCCGCAUACCAACCUGGUUUAACCCUAAUGAAGAAAUAUUAAAAAAAUAACAGAGGAAUUCCAUUACUAAACACUUUGUUAAAAGGGUAAGGCUCGAAUGCCUGGUCUUAGCAACAAAUAUUCAUAAAACAAUAUUACACUUUCUAUGUAAACAUUUUGUGCCUUAAAAAAAAAAGUGAAAAGUCUGGAAACAAAGGAAUUCAGCCACUUCUCAAUCGCCAUAACAUCUUUCAUCACUCACUAUCACUCCAGCCAACUUCAACUUUGCCAAAAUAUAUGCCAAUCUCAAAAUAAUAACUUACUCUCAGUUUGUAACAUCUAAACUCUCCAUUUCCUAUUCAAGGGUCUGUUUCCAAUAGAUUGUUACAGGCUCGUGUAUUACAGCAAUUCGUGCCAAGUUAAAAAAUAAAUAAAUAAGGAAUAUGUCAGGGUUUUACAGGAUCCAGUGCUACAGAGCUGGAUGGGUCCAACCUGACCUAUUGGUCUUUGAAAUAUUUUUAGGGGACUGGAUUUUUUUUUAACACAGACAACAAAAUGUUAUUUCACUUAGGAGUUUGCUGGAUCCCACAGAAUCACUUUUCAACUUGUGCUUCUCUGAUUGCAGUAGUCGUAGUAGUAGUGGUGGGAAUAGCUGAGCUAUGAGCGCCUGCACACCCACCAUCACCAAGGUAGCAUCUUGUGCUGUUCAUGCAGAACCAAGAAUUUUCUCCUUUUCAAGUGGGGAGCCUGUGCCCAUAUUUUCUUGUCUCAGCCCUUACAAGAGUCAGCUUUCAUUGUCUCAGAAACACGGUCUUUUCGUUAGCACAACACAUGCACUCACUUCUCCCUACCUAGAACAAGCAGAGCAAAAGAACGGAUACAUUUUGUGUUCACUCAAGUGAUCCAGCCGGGCUCAUUCACAGAGUUUGCUACUGGAUCUUUUCUGCAGCAUGUAGCUGUGUUAGAACCUAAUGAAAAUUUCAUACUGCAAAGGUGUUUCAAAAAUAAAAAAGAAAUAAAAGUAUGCCCUAACAUUAUUUAAGCCUGAAAGGCACCAUUGUUGAAAUAAAUCUGGAUGGAAAAACCCUCAGCUGGUGUUAAUUUGCAUGACUGCUGCUCUUCAAUGGAAAGAUAAGAAGUAUACCGAGGAUCUUCUCCGUGUGUGUAUAAAGCGCUGUGAUGUAUUUGUAUACAAAGGAGAAUUUAUGGGAACUAAAACUAAAAGUAAUGUGGCUUUGCAUUUGGAAGCUAAAGAGUUAUGACAUGAUACAAGUGAAUUGUAUAUCCUCUGACACAAGCAUUUACAAGUGACUUAAACUCAUCACAUUCUGUUGCUUUAUGUCUUCAUACCAUUUCUGACUAGCUCAACCCAAAAGCAGGUGCCACGCAUGAAAACUGAGGUUGAUAGUUACGAGACUUUCUCUAGAAAGUCUGCCCAGAAAGGCAACCUGUGCUCAAGAGUCUGUGUAAUAGAGAGUGUAGUGGCCCAGACGUAUUUGUGUGGGGCUGUCUCGGAUCCUGCAGGUGUCCUUUUCCUCACUUGUUUCACUGCAGGGUGCAUGUGAUGUUUCUAAGUCUGCGUAUCAGAGGUGGAAACCUCACCAACUGCAGAUUUUAUUUGUUCAGACCUCUGAGAUUCCUGUAGUGGUUUCCACUUGCCAAACCAAGCCCUGUGUAACUCAAGUAAUACCAGUGAAAUCAUACAAGGCAGAUAUGCUUUUACACUGGUAAGCAAAUAAUGAUGCUGAGUAGCAAAGGAAUCCUUAGAAAACACUUCAGCAACCAAAAUCUCCACAAUAUUCAAUCUCUUUCAACUCCCUACCAGUCCUCCAUUCUCCUUUGUGCAUUUGUCCUGGACGAGUGAUCUCAUUAUGGUCAUGCACUGCAAAUGCAUGCUAAGGGAGCUCCACCUUCUCUGUAGCAUUACCCAACAUUUUUCAUUCUGCUUUUUGGAUAUGAGUUUGGAUAUGAGCUUUGCGUCUCUUUUAUGUUCUAACUGACCUCUGUUUUCUCACAGCCAAGACAGAGUCUUUAUUUCCCUGCCAGGUUGCUCUGCUCCCAGCAUAAGUGCAAGUUCUUCAUGCUUUGCCGGAAAUGCAGACACAAUGCUGGCCCACCUGCUGCUUUUGCACCCUUCUCUCUGCAGUGUUAUUAGGCACCCUUACAGCAAAGUGGAUAGUUGAAAGAAUUGCCCAGCCUGAUGUCAGAACCUCAUUUCACAAAAAGGAUUUGAGAAAAAAAUAGCCACUCCACACUUUUGAAGGUAUCAGAAGCUCUCUUAAGUCCUGAUAAGUCACUUUUCCUGAAGUUGGGUCUGUAUCACGCUCUCUUGAUAGUCACAAAGCUUCUUAACAAGUCCUGUAAGGACAUGCUUGUGGAAUACAUCUUUAGACUCUUCAUACUUCAGAUGAGGUUUUCUCAGUUUCCAAACACUAAUUGUCCCCGCCAGAGAGAAUGCAAUGUGAUCGUGACUGUGCUGAAGUCAGUGAUUGCUACCCUAACAUCAGGUCUGGAUUUAGCCCCGUUUUAUUUUAAGUCUUGAAUCUCAGUGUCAGUGGUAUAUAUGUAAACAGAUAUGUAUUAUUUUGACAGUAGACUUGAAAGAUUGUUUCCAGUAAAUAAACAGUAGUAUGACUGCA